AUGCUAUAUGCCACAAUAAUAAUUACCUGGGUCACCCUCGGACCCAUCAACCAUACCUUGCUAGAUCAGGUUCUUGACAGCCUGGAAUCCAUCGCGAAGGUCAAGACGCGAGCCAUCCUGCCCAGCGAGCAGUGGUGUCAGGAAAGUGAGGCUGGAUGUGAGGAAGAUGAGGGUGAGAAACCCAAAAAGAAAAAGAAGAAGAGUGUGAAGAAGAAGAAGAAGAAAGGAGGAAAUAAGAAGAAGUCAAAGCCAUGUGCUGAGAAGAAUCCUGCAUCCAACAACUCAGCUUGCCUUUACAAACCAGGGGAGUUUCGAGAAAUCCGCCUUAAGUUCAUUGCCGACCUACGCAAGAGUGAAGAUGUGACGUGGAGUGAAGCCUGCAAGCGAUGGAACACCUCCGAAAGACGGGAUCUGGACUUCCUCGAGGUUUUCGCCGGGAUGGGCCAUGUCUCCCAGUGCCUGAGACAGGACUGGAGUUUGGCAAUCAGGUCCAGAGCUACGAGUGGGAGGAACGAAAUCAAUCCGAAUGGCAAUACUGGCUAUGGGUCGGUAUUCGAGGCCAAGUGGUACAUGGGAUUCUUUGGCCAGCUGAGCUGCAAGCGCCAUAUCGGAUAUAGCAAUGCCCGGACAUACCCUCGGAGAUUCGGCUUGCUGUUGGCAGACUAUUGGCGCACGAACCAGGACAGUGAGGAUGAAUUGGGGGGCCCCAGAAUGUCCACUGAUAUUGACAUGUCGAAGACGGACUUCGAGCUGUUCCUUCCUCUUCUCAGAUCGACAACUGUUGCAGAGUUUGCAGAGGCCGACCUCCUGUCCUGUGUCAAGUAUCUGCUUCGCAGCAAGAGCAUCCACUUUCGUGGCCAGUGGGGCUUGGUGGAAGCCCUCAAGAGGGGCAAGCUUGUUCGUGAUGGCAUCAGAGCUUUGAAGGUGCAUAAGGCCGAGGAGAGGGACAAGACCAAAGCCAAGGGCAACAAGAGUUCCUCGAGUGCAUGUAGCUCUAAGCUAUCGAUUGCCUCCCACACCAAUCCUCACGGAAUCCCGGAUGAGCCACCGAUCGCUUUGACUGAGAGGCUUUCGGGUGAAGGUACGAUGAGCUUAGAGGAGCUUAUGAAAUCCGAGCGUUUGACCUAUGCUGAUGCUGUAGUAGUUUUUGAGAACGUUCGAGAAGGCUUGCGAGAACAGGAGGCAGCAGCAGCAGCAGCCAGCCCAGCCACGACCAAGACCCCGAAGGUGAAGGAGAAUAAAAAGGAAAAGGCCGAACCCCUUCGCAGAUCAAAGGCUAGCACCCACCUUGCAGAGGAAGAGGAGCCGCAGGACACUGAGGAGGAUGAGCCAAAGGGUGUGACAAUUGCCCCCAAAGCCCGUGCUACCAAGCCCAAGAACAAAGCCGAUAAGGCCAGAAAACCUGAGGAGCCAGCUGAGGAUUCCAAGCAGGGUGGUCGUGGAAAGAGCAAGAAAGCGCGAAAGGCCGAAGCGGUUCCCGAGGAGGAGCCAUCAGAGGAGCCCAAGCCCCGACGUGCAAAGGCGAAGGCUCGAAAGCCCGAAGCGGUUCCCCAGGAGGAGCCAGAGGAUGAGGAGCCCAAGCCCCGGCGUGCAAAGGCUCGAAAGCCCGAAGCAGUUCCCCAGGAGCCAUCAGAGGAUGAGGAGCCCAAGCCCCGGCGUGCAAAGUCAGCAAGCAAGGCCAAGCAAAACAAAGGCAAGCCGUCACCCAGCAAGAGCAUCGAAACGCCACCAAAAGUCCGUUUGAGCAGCAAGAGCAAGCCCACCAAAAGGCGAAAGCUAGCACAGGAUGAGGACACCGUCGCCGCUGAUUCGGAAGCUGAGAGGUUGGCGGAAGUGCAGGCAAUGCUGGAUGAAAUCGACAGGGUGAGUGAGGCCAGAUCGGCAAGCAAAGGCAAGGAGGAGGAGGAUCCGUUUCCGGAAACCUUAGUGGAUCCUGCCCCACCAGAGGAGCAGCAGCAGGACGAGGAUGAGCCACAGGGAGACAAGGAACCCGAGGAGGAUGAGCCACAGGGAGACAAGGAACGCGAGGAGGAUGAUCCACAAGGAGACGAGGAACUCGAGGAGGAUGAUCCACAAGGAGACGAGGAACUCGAGGAGGAUGAGCCACAGGGAGACGAGGAACAGAACGAUGGUGAGCCCCUGGAAGACGAUGAGGCGGGCGAUGAUGAUGAAGGUGGUGCUCCGUGUGUUGUUGCUUUGCAGGGCCAGCUCGGCUGCACAGCCCUCCGUUUUAUGGUACAGAGUGUCUGCAUGCCAUGUGCUAACGACGAGCUGGGUGCAUCAGAUUCUACUAGCUCUGGCACGAUUCCCGGUGACUUCGACGACUCGGAAGCCUGGUUAACGGAGCUGUUGGCUUAUGGAUUGGUGGCGCCGCCAGACCAUUUCGAGCUCCCCGUCACCGUUGCCGUGCAUCCUCGGGGUGCUGUUAUGGAGAAGAACGGUCAUGUGUUACUUUCAAAGCAGGGCAAGACGGGCUACAGGAUCGACUUCACCUCGCCGGGCAUGCCCAGCUCCAGCGUGAAGACACGCUCACGGACCUUUCGGAACUUCUCAGAUCGCUAUGAGCACGAAAUCUCCAAUACGCUCUCGCGUAUGGACCGCCUUUUGCAGCAAAAGGAAGCUGCAGCAACGACCACGAAGACAGCUGCACCGACAACGAAGACAGCUGCAACGACAGUGAAGCCUGUGCCCACGCCAGUACGUGCUAGCUCGAUGCCUGCGAUUGUGGACGUGGACCCGCCCAAGGCCAAGACCCACCACUUUGGGAAAGGUGCCGCCGCACGGGCGCAUCAGUCCGGCAAGUUCGCGAGCUGCCCCAACAUCAGCCAGCUGAUGGAUGGCUCCCUCACCGAUCGAAACAAAGCCCUACGAGAGUGGGUAAGCAAGGGCGGCAACAUUGAUGCCAUGGAGACGUCUCUGGAGAUGCACCGGCAGGAAUCCCUAAAGGUCUUGAAUCGCUUAUCUGGCAGGUCGCUCGGAUUCGGGCAAGAACCGUCGAGCUCCGUCUACAAGGGGGCCGGCAAGAAGCGCGGCCAGUUCCAUUGUGCAGCCGUGAAGAAGGAAAUCGGGCAGCUGAGCAAUAUGAUCAUCGAUAUGUCGCAGGCUGAUAGCCCGGACCUGCUGAAAUCCCUGAAAGCCCACGAUGCGAAAAUGAAGGCUUUCAGCUUGAAGCUGGGUAUGACAAAGGCCGGUGAGAAGUUCGAUGGUCUAUGCGAGCAGAUCCACGAGGAGGCAAGCCUUCCUCCAGCUCUGGAUCCAAGGCUACGAGUGAUCGCAAGGGCACUGCUCGAGGAGGAUUUCGUGGAGUCCAUGUACCCAUCGAGCGCUGAUCUGCAUUCUUACUGGGCCCAACUGCUGCCUGACUUCCCUGACCAUUGGCUGAAGAACAAGCGAAAGCUUUGGAGCUACACAAUCCCCAUAGUCCUUUGGGGUGACGAGGGGACUCCUGACCUGUCGGUAUUCCGUGAGCACAGCAAAGCAUCUCGUUAUAUGAUCUACUCGCUUCUGGCCAGCAGAUACUUUGUGAAUGGCAAAACCAAUGAGACCCUCCAGAACCUGAACGCUGCAGUGGUCAAGGAGACCUAUUAUUUUGUUCCGGUGGCUUUUCGUGGAGAUCUCAAAUAUUUGACCCAGUGCUUCAACUUCGUUCGCAAUGCGAGCACCCCGCAGGUAUGCUUCAAGUGUUUGGCAUCGAGAUCCGAUCCGGGCAUGCUGUACACCGACAUCAAUGUUGAUGCUCCCUGGACAACGACCGAAUAUUCCCAUGAGCCCUGGGUGGACCGUCCGGCUUUUGCAUUUAUCGAUGGGUUUGAUCUUCAAAUGGUGCAAGUGGACUGGAUGCACACGAGCCGCUGUGCCAUGAGUUCCGGUGUGUUUCUGACGAUGGAGCAGCAACGACACCUACGUGUGGUGGGCGAUGUUUUCCUGAGCUCCUAUUGUGCACUGGCCACAAUAGCAUGCGACAGAGGGGAGUACUACUUCAAGCUGCGACCAAAAUUUCAUCAUUUGAUCCACAUGCUGAGAGACAAGCGACCGAGCAAACGAUCGCCGGGGUGGGACAACUGUUAUAUGGACGAGGAUCAUAUCAAGCACUGUGUGCGCAUCCUGCGCAAAGUAAGCCACCGAACGGCAGAACUAUCUUUGCUUAAAAGAAAUGCUGUGCAGGCGAAGCAGGCCCUGCUGGAGUGCUUGCUGCCCAAGUGA